AUUCUAUCACGGGAGUUAUUGCUGAUCAUUCAAAAAACAAAUCUACGGAAAUUAAAUUGUAUUAUUAAGUGAAUAUAAACAAUUUUAUUUCAGUUAAUGAAUAAAUUGUUCUUACUCUCGUAAAUUAAGUCGAAAGCCAUGGAGAACGAUAUCAACAAACCAUACAAAAUAUGUGAUGUGAACCGAGACAAAAAGAAGGGUACGGUAGCAUCGUCGUUAGAAGAUUUACUCAGUAAAGUGCCCGAAAAGCUAGGACUGCCAGCAGAGAACCUGACUGUGGUUCUGGAGUCCGACGGGACUGAGGUGGACGACGAGGAGUAUUUUUCGACAUUAGAGAACGAUACAUCGUUGAUGAUUCUCCACGGGAGCGAGAAGUGGACGCCGAACAUGCCGAAGUGCCAGGUGUCGUUGGACCAGACGGACGACGUGGGGCUAGGGGAGAAGGAGCAGGUGGCGAACCUGGUGGGGCGGCUGCAGCACAACCUGUGCCACAUCUCGCUGCUGGGCGGCCAGGACUUAGAGCUGCUGUCCGAUAUGGACCCGGACAGCCUCGCGGAUAUCGUCACGGACCGCGACAACAGAAUUAUACUGGAGCACAUCAAGGAAGCCUCUGGAAGGAUCUUAUUGGAGAAGCGCCAAGCACAGGACGCCAUGGAGCUGUUGAAACUGUAUCACCAGAGUGUUUCCAACGGCUCCGAGGAUGUGUCACCUCCUAAACAGGAGAGAGUGUAGGGCGCGCCGCAUCCUUGUACAAUACCUGUAACCCUUCAUUCAUUCGCAUUUGGAAUGGUAAUGCUCAAAAGUUUACAAACUUAGUUUUGUUCCUCAUUGCCAUGUUUCAAACUUUUCGUGAAGCAUACGAGUAUACAAUCAAAAUAAUCAUUUAGUUAGAAAUUAAGUAACUUAUUGAAUACACCAAAUGAAAUGAAAGAGGCCUUUUUUUCUAUUAGAAUUAAAAUAGUUUUGAUGCUGUAUUUAGUUGUUUUUUGAUUAUGCAAGUAGAAUCAUUUGUCUUUUAAUACAUUGCCUCAUUGAUAAUUUGCAAAUAACAAUCGUGUAAAUCAAGAAACAGUAAUAGUUGAUCAAUGUUAAGGUAAUGCAGGUAUUACUCGGGUAGUUAUAAUAUAAUAUGCUAAUCUUAUGAAUAUGAGCUGAUACGGAAUAUGAGAUGAUAUAUAUAAUAACCACAUUCUAAAUAUUGUAUGUAUCUAGU